GCUAAUAAUUCCGCAAACUCGCGCGAUUCGGAACGCAUUCAAGAAACCUCCACAAGCACCUCUCCACCUGAUGCCAGGCAGACCAAUCCAGCGCCUGAGACCAUGCUUCAGCCUCGCUAAACACUUCAGCCGGCGACAAGCCCGCUCCUACGCCGCCAAAGUCCUCACGGGCGAAGACCUAGGACCCAUCCAUCACGAUGAACACCACAGCUUCCGCGUCCUUAAGGACGGCUCGCACCUCCCUAUCCCCCCCGUCCUCGACCCCAUAGCUCUCUCCGAGCGCUCCCGCUGGGAACAGACGAAGCAAAAGCCAGACGUGAACAAGUUCACACCCUUCCAGAAGAAGCUAUGGGAGAAUCCCUACGCGCACGCCCUAGCCUCCCCCAUCCGCCAAUGCCGCGCCACCCAAUCCCUCCUCCCCUCCUCCCUCCUCAUCUCCCUCCACCCGCGCCCCCACCCCACUACCUCCGACCCCUGGCUCCUCCCCGUCAACCUGACAACAUCAACGCACCACCUGGGCCCACCUGUCCGCUUCCUCUGCCACUCGUACGUAGCAAGCUACCUCGGCAAGAAGAAGAACUGGGACAAGGCGCUCUACCCGCGCUUCAUCGAGAAGCUGGGCAAAAGGGCAGUAGGCAAGAUAGUGUGGCGGGAAGACAUGCCGAUGUUGAUUCUAGAGCUGAUGAGGAAGAGGGCGCGGGAGAAGUUGCGGUGGCAUUUUGGGCACAGCGGGCAGCUGGUGCCGUGUGAGAAUCCGAGGGGGGAGGAUAUUGACGCGUUGGAGGACGUGUCUUGCGUUUUGUACCUGGGCUCUCUGAAGAUGCGCGCGGACGAGAUACAAGUCGAGGCGAGGGGCAUCGUCAAUGAUGUCGAGAAGUGGGUUGCGUACUACAUCAAAGGCUUCCCCGCGCUGCUCGAUCCGCACAAAAAGCCAGACGUAACACACUCCUCGCCUGCGUGGUACACGGACCCGGUAGUCCCGCGUUUGCAGCCGCGAGCAAGAUUCCCUCCGUUGGAGUUCAAGACGACGACGUGGCGGGGAAGAAAAGUCGCGGUGUACAGCUUAUAUGACUUGCUUGGGGAGGAGAGGAUGAAGGAAUUGCUUGAGGGAACGAGGUUUGAAAGGGAGAGGUGCCUGGUGAUGAAGAGAGGGAGGCAUAACGUGCCCGUUGAGAUACUGCUUAUGCAGUUGCAGGCUUAUUUGGCUACACCUGGGCCGUGAACAUUCGAGCGAGCAGAGGGCUAGACGCAUAAUCGGAGAGUCUGGGGUCAGACUUCAAUGUUCAUAUUCCACAUAAGAAUGUAUAUAUGCAAGCUGAGCUGAAAAGCCAUACAAAUCGCAAUGCUUGCUGAAUGCCCGGUGCAACCUAUACAUCCAACCUGCCCCAUGUUGCAAACGCCGUAAAACGCCGCGAGAACUCCUAUGCCAAACGCAAAGCGGCGUCGUCCUAUCCACAUCCUCAUAAGUUUCCCUCGCCCCCGCUUAUCUUAGAAGACCAGCGGCAGACCCCGAGCGGCUCGCUAAGCCGCCUUUUUGUACUUCUCCCUCAACUCAUCAAUCUCCCUCUGAAACCUCUCCAUAUCAUCCAAGAUGUUGCUCGGACUGCUCU